GCCGUUAGAUCCUGUUUCGUAAAGUCUCAAAUCUUCUAAAUGCUUUCGAGUACUCGGAAUAAUCCAUGGCCGACCUUGGUUUUCUCAAGAUGCUGACUCUUGGGCAACGGGGCAACAGGAGUGAAAUGGACCACAGAGGGAAUCGGGAUAGAGGGGAUUCUUGGAGGGGAACGAGGUAAGUUUUGGGAGGGCUCAGUGCCAAGGCGUGGCUUGCAGACCCGGCGAACUCGCGCCCAGAAUCAUCCUCCCAACACAUGAACUUUUCGCUUGAGUAUAUUCCGCGAUGGUGAGUAUGCCUUCGGGAAUGAAAGGUAUCCCACUACUUUCCGCGUUUAGAAGCGCCGAUAACGAUGCCGCCAUAUUUCGGAGGUUCAGCCGCCUCGGAGCGCGAAAUCUUCUGCAUUUCCAGAACCACUUAAAUGCGCUUGAAGCAAAACUGCAUGAAUUCGACAAGAGGGAUGCAAAGGAUGCCCAAGGAAAUCCGUCGCUCCGGCAAGGCGCCAGGGCUUAUGAUUCAAUGAGAGACGCUGCCGAUGAAUACAGAAGGAGGCUCAGCGGAGCCCCAGAGGAUCAGAAUGGCACCCUCGAUACGCCUGAGAACAGAUUCUUGAAGGACUCUCACGAGAGAGUCGAGCUGCACCGGGAGAUAGCGAUCAUCCUCCAUCAAUACCGGCAAGCAUUGCUGGAGGAACGUCAGAUACAAGCACUCCCACAACCUUCAAAACGCGCCUUUGCAGCGUUCAAUAGCUAUUUCACGGAUGGCGGCAACAUUCUAAUUGGUCAUGACAAGAAGAUCAUUCAACAAGAGGAAGAUCUUGUUAGCCUGAGCCAGCCUACGGAAGAUGAUCGCUUGAGCAGAUUUGUGAGAUACACCUUCGGAUACUGUCUACAGUCCCGCAAGCCCGGGGCUACCAAGUACCAUUCCGAGAUCUACUACUUUCCUCCACGUCGCAUACAGUUUCUCAGCUAUUCGUUCACCGCUUCUCGUCGGCGCUAUGACAUGUCUCGCUGUUCUGGACGACCGGUCAUGGAAGAUACGGAUAUGCAUGGUGGCUUUGUUCACCUUCCUAUUUGCAGCCUUUGUGGCUUUGCUCACGAAUGCGCGCCGAGCAGAGGUCUUUGGCGCGACUGCUGCGUAUGCUGCAGUGUUGGUCGUAUAUGUUAGCGCGGCGCUAGGUCCGCGGGUGAGGAAUGAUACGGGACCCGGGGUUGGGGUAACUCGAGUGAGUUUGUGAGGGUGGAGCGUCGUGGGACUUAUUCAUCGGCAGUUCUCUAUGUUUUGCGACUGCAGUUGGGUGAAUGAGUCCGUUUCGUGGAAGCACUCAUCAUUCUAACAAUUCGUGUUGGGUCAGACCGAGCAAGUGAA